AGACUUUAUGUAACAAGGAAGACAGGACCACAGGAACACAUAUAGACAUGCACUCAUACGUUCAUGAGCAGGAAUAAAGAGCUCCUUGACCACGCACACCAGUGGUAACAUGAACUUUACCCAGUACCAGGACAUUUCUGCUCAAAACCUGUUUACUUGACCACAAGUGGUUCUUCCAGCAAGCCAUCAAAAUCUAUAAAGAAAUGCAAUAGCCAUCUCGGUCUCCGGACUUGAAAACCUGUGGUUUGAAUUGAAGAGGGCAGUCCCCUCCAUAAGCGCAGACGAAGGAUAUCAAGGAUCUGGAAGGAUUCUGUAUGGAGGAAUGGUCUCGAUCCCUCCCAAUGUGUUCUACCACCCAUAAAACAUUUUAAAGGAAGACUCAGGGCCAUUAUUGAAAGCUGCGUUGAACGUUAACACCAACGCCAACCCCAGGGGAGACUGCCAGGCCUACGUGGAGCUGACCGAGCUGAUGAAUGACCAGCAGAACCAACAGGGCUGGCAGGAGACGGGCCGAUGGGUGGGCUAUGAGGAGAGCUACGACCCCGAGGCCGGGGGUUGGGGACCCUCACAUAUCUCCUACCUCACCUUCAAGAGCCUCAUCCAGCUGCGCCGCACCAUGAACACAGGUGUGGUGAUGCUAGACCGGGUGGAGCGCAGUCUCUCCGGCAUCGCUGAGAAGAUAGUGGACGACUUGAUCAGCAAGAAAGAGAUCAGGCCCAGCGAUCGGGAUGGAGUGCUCUGUUCCCUGCUCCAAAACCGCAGCCAAACUGCAGUAGAGGGCCAACCCUUGGUCGGGGGGGCGGAGAUGCAGACCUUUUCUGUCAAAGAGAGGAGAGAUUCAACUGACACUGUAGAGGCCUCUAUGGUGCUUGUUGGAGCUCUGGACUUCCUGGAGAGGCCCACGGUGGCAUUUGUGCGUCUGAAGGAGGCUCUGGUUCUGGAUUCGGCCCUGGAGGCCCCAGUGCCAGUCCGCUUCGUCUUUAUCCUGGUGGGACCCACCAAGAGUGACAUGGACUACCACGAAACCGGCCGCGCAAUGGCAGCACUCAUGGCCGACAAAGUGUUCAACCAGGCAGCGUUCCAAGCGCAGGGCGAAAGGGAGUUGAUGGACGCCGUGGCUGACUUCAUGGACUGCAGCAUCGUGAUUCCUCCCACGGAGAUCCAGGACGGGGCGAUGCUCCAGUCCAUCAUCGGCUUCCAGAAGAAACUGUUGCAGGAAAGGCUCCGUCCCUCCGUCCCCGUGUUGCGUCUGGACUUGAAGCCCCGCAAAUCUUCCAAACCAUCUGGGCAUGCUCCUGAGGAUCCUCUGGUUCGUACGGGUCGGCCGUUCGGCGGGAUGAUACGAGAUGCGAAGAGACGCUACCAGCACUAUGUGAGUGACUUCACCGAUGCCCUCAACGCUCAAGUUCUUGCCGCUAUCAUCUUCAUCUACUUUGCUGCCCUGUCCCCUGCCGUCACCUUCGGAGGAUUGCUAGCUGAUAAGGUGGACAACAUGAUGGGUGUGUCUGAGCUCCUGAUCUCCACCUGUGUCCAGGGAGUCAUUUUCUGCUGCAUCGCAGCCCAGCCCGUCCUGGUCAUUGGCUUCUCAGGCCCACUUCUGGUGUUUGAGGAGGCCUUCUUUGCCUUCUGUAAGUCUCAGGACAUUGAGUACAUUGUGGGGCGCGUGUGGGUGGGCGUGUGGCUGGUGGUCAUCGUGGUGCUCAUCGUGGCGUUCGAGGGCAGUUUCUUGGUCCGCUUCAUCUCCCGCUUCACCCAGGAGAUCUUCUCCAUCCUUAUCUCCCUCAUCUUCAUCUACGAGACCUUCGCCAAGCUGGGCAGGAUUUUCAAGGCCCACCCAUUGAUCCUGAACUACGACCACCUCAACAACACGGUGGAGGACCCAUGGCACCCAGUGGUGAUCCACAACCACCUGUAUGACAACAGCACGGGCAACACCACCACCACAGUCAACAUCCUGGACCGGGCCUACCCCAACACGGCCCUGCUCUCCAUGUGCCUCAUGUUUGGAUGCUUCUUCAUUGCCUUCUUCCUGCGCCAGUUCAAGAACGGGACCUUCCUACCUGGAAAGAUCCGGCGCUUGAUUGGGGACUUUGGGGUGCCCAUUGCUAUUUUCUUAAUGUGUGUUGUGGACAUCAACAUAGAGGAUGCGUACACCCAGAAACUGGUCGUACCUAAGGGUCUGACGGUGUCAAACCCUGCUGCCAGAGGUUGGCUCAUCAACCCGUUUGGCGAACAUAAGACUUUCCCUGUGUGGGUCAUGUUCGCUUGCUGUGUGCCCGCUUGUCUCGCCUUCAUCCUCAUCUUCCUAGAGUCCCAGAUCACCACUCUGAUUGUAAGUAAGCCGGAGAGGAAGAUGGUCAAGGGAUCCGGCUUCCAUCUGGACCUUCUCAUCCUGGUGGGCAUGGGCGGGUUUGGUGCCAUUUUUGGCGUGCCGUGGCUGAGUGCCACCACCGUGCGUUCGGUUACCCACGCCAACGCCCUCACCGUCAUGAGCAAGGGACCCAAGCCGGAGAUCGAGAAGGUUGUGGAGCAGAGGGUCAGUGGGAUUCUGGUGGCUCUGCUCGUCGGUCUGUCCAUUCUCAUGGAGCCCAUCCUGAAGAUGAUUCCGAUGACGGCUCUGUUCGGGAUCUUCCUCUACAUGGGAAUCACCUCGCUCAACGGGAUCCAGUUGUGGGAUCGCAUUCUGCUCCUGCUCGUCCCCAAGAAAUACCACCCAAACGAGCCCUACGCCACCAGGGUGUCAACGGGUAGGAUGCACCUAUACACAGCCAUCCAGGUGGUGUGUCUGGCAGUGCUGUGGAUCGUCAAGUCCAGCCCGGCCUCCCUGGCCCUGCCCUUCGUUCUCAUCCUCACUAUCCCCCUCCGCAUGGCCAUGACCGGACGCUUCUUCACCGAACUGGAGAUGAAAUGUUUGGACGCCGACGACGCUAAGGUGACAUUUGAGGAGGAACCUGGACAGGAUGUCUACAAUGAAACUCAGAUGCCAUUGUAGACAUCUGGACCUGCCAUUUUUAUCCAAAAUGCCUUUAUUUUAUUUAUCUGACAUGACAAAGUAUUUUAGUAGGAUUCUUGUUUUUGUCUACUACCGUAUGAACUGACAUAUAUAUAUUUUGGAGUGUUUUUAAACCAACAUGAAGCCCAAAUUCCCAAAGACCCUUAGAUUUAAAAUAUAAGAAAUUGUCAGUUAAGGAAAAUUAUUUUUUAAAGAGUUGAAUAUAUCUCCUGUAUAUUUGGGACGACAGGGUAGCCUAGUGGUUAGAGUGUUGGCCUAGUAACCGGAAGGUUGCAAGUUCAAAACCUGGGCUGACAAGGUACAAAUCUGUCGUUCUGCCCCUGAACAGGCAGUUAACCCACUGUUCCUAGGCCGUCAUUGAAAAUAAGAAUUUGUUCUUAACUGACUUGCCUAGUUAAAUAAAGGUUAAAAAUAUAUAUAUAUAUUUGCCUAUUUCUUUCCAGUCAAACAUUCUUGCAGCCAUAUAUGUGUGUAUUUAUGCAGCAAACAGCUCUUGCCGCCAUGAUAAUACUUUGGCCUAUGAUAGUGUGUUAAUUACAUAUUGCCCUAUUGACUUUCCACCUUUGUAAAGCCUUUAAAAAGGUUUUGACUUAGAACUAUUAUCUUGCAAAGAAUUGUACAAGAAGACUUUAUUUCAUAUUAAGAAUGAUGUUUUGCACGUCUGCCCACCAUUAUGGUAAUUUUUUAACAGUUGAGCUGAAAAGCAGACAGCUGUAGACUGAGGUCAUAUCAGUGUCAAUAUCGUUCACAUUUUAAGGAGUUUUAUCCAUGAAUUACAAACCUACCAUAUGACUGAAGAAGCAAAAUCCCUCAAACAUGCCUUUCGAAUAACUUUUAGGUAUUGUUUUACCUUUUAUUUUAAUUUAAGCCCCUGGUGAUUGUGGAAUGUUAUGGAUUUAAAUAUUGUAUAAGAGAGAUUUGAACAGUAGAGUUAGCAAGCUUGUAGUCCUAAAAACGGAAAUGAUUAACCUCUGGUUUGUUAAGCCAUUCCAAUGGGGAAAAUUCAUGGGGAAAGAAUGGGGUUUUGGGAUAAAUGUUUUAAAAAAGUCUGAGGAGAUCUAAUAAGUUUUGUUCUAUGAGAUAGUAUCAGUCAGUUAGCAUGACGUUUAUGAAUUAUGAAGCCUUUAUGUGCUGUAUGUGGUGGUUUUGAUUACAUAAAUGCUUUCAACAUUCACAAAAAAAUACGUUAGCAGAUGAAGAUUAUCUCAUAGAACAAAACGUUAAGAUCUCCUAAACCUGUGUUUACCACAGACCUUAUUUUCAGCGUUUAUCCAAAAACUCUUUAAAAUAACCAUUCAUUUUCGCAUAGACUUUGGCAAACGAAAUGUGGUGGUUAGUGCCUACAGAAAGACACCAUUACUACUAUCUAUAUGUACAUACAUCAAGGCUAAAAUCAUAAAUUAAAAGUAUAUUUGAAGAGAGGAUGGAGGGAUGCAUAGGGUGUGUUUAAUUUAACUUUUUAUUGAUAGGUCUGACAGUGUUUCUUUGUUGUUGUGAUCUCUUCUCAACAUCAAUUAAAUGCUUCAAAAAAAUAUAUAUAUAGUGAUUUCACUUUCUUUGUAUUCGUCACUAAUCGGUUGCCGUCGGUAAACGCACCCUUUCGUCCACCUGAUUGGUUACUUUGCACUGACCCGCUCAUGCUUUUAAUUUUUUUUAAACACGGACAUAUGAGAGAAGGCAACUUACAUUGGCGGGGGUACGUUAGAUAUGGCGUCCCUUAAUGAAGCAAGAAAGAGAUUUCACAGCGGGAAAUUCGGAAGAAAUGAUUCGUUUAAUUGGAUUUCGGAGGAGGAAUGGAGGGAAAAUUAGAGGUUGAACAGAAGGAGGGAGGCAGAGGUAGAAUCUGUUGAAGAUGGCAGAAAAGAGGGAGGAGGUGUGUCGUAGAAGAUUGGUGUCAAGUGCAAACAGUGAGCCCUACACCAGACCGAGUUCUGUGGGUAAAAUGGAAGUGAAUGAGGGCGAGUUAAGUGAGGUGGAAAGUGUGGUGAAGACGGAGCCUAAUCCAUUUGUGGUUUCAGGGAGGAUGGGGAAGGAGUUGGUUUGAGUUGAAUGAGCGUGGAAUUAUGAUAAACUCUAAUUUUUCUUCAAAACAGGUUGUAAAAGCAUGCUAGACAUUUAUAGAAUAAAUCAUACCUAGUUUGAUUUUGUGACAAACGGUGAAUUAGUUAUUGAUUUAUACAGCUUUAAAUUGCAUUUUAAAGAUUGUGUGUAUUUCCAUCAACUGGAUUUUUUUUAUUUUUAAAUUCAAAACAAAGUUUUUUUUUUACUUUUACAACACUUAUAGAAUAAACCAUAUCAAUGUUUAUGUUUCUCUGACAAUCAAUUAAAUAGUUAUUGAUUUUUACCAUU